UGUCUCUUAUUUUGCACCUGUUAAAUAGGCAUAACUCUGUCCUCUCAUCCCCAGCUCCGGACCUGAAAAGGUGGCUGAGAAAACAGCUUCAUUAAUAACCCUGAAGCACUCACUCAGUGCUGAAGUGAUGAGCAUUAGAAAGAGUCUGUGAAGAAAUGGAAAAGCAGAAUGUUGGAGCACGCUGAUUUGAGGACAAGAUGAAGUUUCCGGCCACGUGACUUUCAGCUUACAUCCCUGAGGUUCUGAGAAACCACAGGAGGCUGAGACCUAAAGGGAAGGUGCAGAGGCUCUGAGAGGAGAGGCAGCGAAAGUGUCGGAGCUGGGCAGGAGGACAGAGUGCUUCUGGGACGGGUGAGAGCAGGGAGCCAAGGGCCACAUCAGAGGUGACAGAGGAGGACAGAGGAGAGGCAGAGAAGCAAGACUGAAAGCAGGCACACCAAGAGCACAAAGGAAGCUGAAGAGAACCUGGGAGCCAGGAGCAGCAGCCAUGCCCCACAGCUCUGACAGCAGUGAUUCCAGCAGCUUCAGCCAGUCUCCCCCUCCCAGCAAGCAGGACUCUUCUGAUGACAUGAGGAAAGUCCAAAGGAGGGAGAAGAAUCGCAUUGCUGCCCAGAAGAGCCGCCUGAGGCAGACCCAGAAAGCAGACACACUGCACUUGGAGAGUGAGGACUUGGAGAGACAGAAUGCUGCCCUGCGCCGGGAGAUCAAGCAGCUGACAGAGGAAAUGAAACACUUCACCUCGAUGCUGAGCUCCCAUGAACCGCUCUGCUCCAUCCUGACAUCCCCUCCACCACCUCCAGAAGUGAUUUUUGCCACACACUCUUUUCACCAGCCCCAUAUUAGCUCCCCACGCUUCCAGCACUGAGCCAGCCAGCAGGACAGCAGCCUGCCAGCUCCACUGAUGCCAAGAAGUAACUUUGUGGGGCUUGCUUUUCCAUCCAUGGGAAGGAAUAGGACAGAUGGACACUCCUUCUUAAAGUAUGUAUUCUGAGUGAUUUUCCUAAGACUUGCUCCCUGUGCAGAAAUGGCAGAGCCACCAUGAGGCAUAUUUGGACAGUUUCCAGCUUGGAUUCUGGGAGGAAGAGGCAGUCACAAAAGGGCACCAACCCCCUUCUCUAGUCCUUGCUUGGGGAGACUCACAGGAGUGUGCAGCACUGGCAGCCUCCAUAAGAGCAGCUGGCUGUGGCACGCAACAGCCAGACCUCCAGGAAGAGGAAAGGGAGCAGGGGUGGAGGGGAAGGUUGGGGGCCACAGAGUGUCAGGG